CAGCGCUUCACAAGCACAAAGCUGCAUCGAAGCAGAAAAUCUUAAACCGAAAUGGCGGCCCAAGUCAUAACUAUUGCCAUACUUUCUAUGCUUCAGCUUGGCAGCGCAGCUAAGGACUCUCUCAUGUUCGUUACAGCACGCUGCGACAACGCCCCGGAUAUCGAUUGGACAGAAAGUAUUAAUUCCUACCUGCGGCGGAUACCAGCGACGAUCACCAUGCGAGGCUACAUGGAGGAUAUCUCGAUAACGGGAUUUGAAUUCUCGACGCCAAAAUUGACGGGCCUCGGAAGCCUCUGGACCUACAAACCUCCCCACAGCUAUUGCACGAAGAACAAAACCUUUACUGAGGUUGUUGUUUUCGCCGACGAGCCAUUGCACCUCAGUAUGGGCUGGAAGAGCUGUACUGGCAGCAGUGGAACGCUUGGAACAACUGUUUCAACCAGUCAGAUGCGAAUCUACUUCACCGCUCAUCCAACACCUGAAGGCAGCUACCGGCUUCGGCUUCAACACAUCAGAGUGGACAACCUCGAGGACGCGCGUUUGUUCUUGACAGGAGCUAGCCCUGGAAUUAAAACUUUCGUGGAAGCCCUCGGCGUCGUUGGAAUGCCGCAUCUACAACUGUUCUGGAGCAGGUUCCUUCGUGUUGAUGGUAUCAUGCUUAUGUCUGACGACCUCUAGGUCCAAAGUCAAUGUGCCACGGUAGAAACUUCUGCAUUGAGAAACAAAA